GUAUGUACUCAGCAACAGGAAACCAUUGAUAACUCUCAUAAGUACGCUUUGCCACCAUGAACUCCAUCAUCAGAUUGUGCUUGACACUGAGCUGACAACACUCUACCACAGCAAGCUUUACCUAGGAAGAAAACCUAUCUGCAUAGCUCCCUGAAAGUCUUUGCAUGAACUUCAGCCUUCACCCUCAGUCUAGGAGAAAUCAACUUUUGAAAAUACAGAAGGCUGUGGAUUUUGUUUGCGAAGUUCAGCUCCUACUUUUUUAAACCUCAAUACUGACAAAGGUAUUUGAGAAAGGAAGCUCAUGGCCACCGAGGAUGAUGAUUAUGAUGCAUGGAUCAGUGCUGUAUCUGAUCAAGACAACACACAUGAAAUGUUUGUAAGGUUUAACAGAAUCUUCUUAGUAUGCAUGUAUUCAGUGACAUGCAUCUUUGGGGUGUCUGGGAACUCUUUGGUUCUCAUCAUUCUGAUUUUCUAUGAGAAAGUGAAGGUGUUAAGUGACAUAUUUUUAGUGAGCUUGGCUGUUGCUGACUUAUGCUUUCUUUGUACACUGCCAUUCUGGGCUUAUUCUGCAGCUGACGAGUGGAUCUUCUACACUUUGCCAUGUAAAGUCAUCCGAGGCCUUUACACAGUGAAUCUGUAUGGUUCCAUGCUAACCCUUACUUGUAUAACAAUUGACAGAUACUUUGCUAUUGUUCAAGCUACUAAAGCUCAUGUCAACCAACCCAAAAGAAGAGUUUGGGGUACUGCAGUCUGUGUUUCAGUCUGGGUGCUUUCUCUGGCAUUUGCUAUGCCACAAUUUAUAUUUAGUACUGAGGUCCAGUAUGACAAAAAAAUAUGCUAUGCAAAAUAUCCUUCUAAACAUGCACACAUGUUCACUGAAAUAACACAGAUGGUUCUUGGAUUCUUUUGUCCCAUAGUGGUCAUGAUUAUUUUCUACUCAAUCAUUGUGAAGACUUUAUUCAAAGCUAAGGGCUUCCACAAGCACAAAUCCUUACAAAUAAUAUUUGCUAUUGUGGUGACAUUCAUUUUUACACAGACCCCCUACAACUUGUUGAAAAUCAUUCGUGCUAUGGACAAGUAUGUUCUUCUGGAUAACACUUUUGACUACGGUCUCGUCAUAACCGAAGCAAUUGCUUAUUUACACAGUUGCCUCAACCCUGUUCUCUAUUUCUUUAUUGGUGUGAAGUUUCGGAAGAAUUUGGCAAAAAUCCUUAAAAAAUUUGGAUGUGUCAAACAUCAACAGGCCAUAAAACAAUGGCAAACAACGGAAGAAGAUGGCUCAAAAACUGGUACUGACACACAUAAUGUGGAAGAAACAAGCAUAUAUCCAUUGUAAGAGAAUCUUGUACAAUAUUCAUCAAUGUGUUUAGUACUGUUUUAUUUCUAGGCACCCUGACUGUUCAUGCUCGUGUCUGGAGGACUUGAAGACACGUGUGUUUGUAUCUUCUCAAUAUAGCUGUAGCUUGUAUGAAUGGUAGAAGUUUCUUUGCAAUGAAACCGUGCGGAAUCUUAUUGUACUCUCAUGCUAUAAGUGUCAUCUGAGAAAAGAGUGAAUUCUGAUCACUUAUUCAGUAGUCUUAAAAUAGUUUCUAAAAGGGAGUUCAGGCUUGGCAAUUCAUGAAAAUGUACAGUCAGAACGCACAUCUACUUUCAGAGCGCAGUAACUUUCCAAGGCAGUGCUUUGGGCUUUAUAUACAAAUAGAUUGCAAACAUAGUUUUAACUUGCCUUUCCUCACAGUAUGAUUUUUAAAAUAAAAUAAAAUAUAACAUUGGAUAUUCUGGUAGAGUGUCUGAAUCAUGUUUGCCUUGUUCAUUCAGCUAAGUUCAUUCUUUUAAGGGAACAUACAUACAGUCUUAUCCUGACUAUAUUACACUACUGGUGCA